AGUGACGUCACAGCAGCGUCCUCUGAAGUGCCCGUCAGUGACGUCACGUUGAAUGUUCAGAUCAACAACUAUGAAGCUUCUUCCUCUCGUGUGUCUCUGCGUCGUGACUCGGUCUGGAAUAACGUUUGCUGAUGAAAACGGUGGAGUGGUGGUGAAAGAAGACAGUGAUGCUGUGUUACCGUGUUCCCUCAGCACCAAGGAGAACAUCGAGACGAAGCUGUUUGACUGGAAGAAAGACGAUCACAAGGAGGUGUUCAUGUACGACGGAGGAGAUUAUUACGCUCACGGCCUUUCAGGUCAAGACAAACAGUUUGAAGGUCGAGUCUCACAUUUUAACGACGAGCUGAAGAACGGUAACGCCUCCAUAAAGAUCAGGAAGACCAAGGUGGCCGACAGUGGAAACUACACCUGUUUUUUUCCUCGUCUGCAGCCGAGUCAAAUGUUCCACAUUGAGCUGGUUGUUGGUGCUAUCUUAAAGGACAGAACACCUGAAAAAAUCCAAGGCGCUGCUUCCAAGCCUUCAGUCACCACACUUAAUGAAUCAAAGGACUGGUCUCUGCUUCAGUGUGAAGUUUAUGGAGCUUCUCCUCGACCUAAAGUGGAGUGGAGGGACAGUUCUGGAAACAUCCUUCAUGCUAAAGAAGCACAGGUCACAGAAAGAGGAGGCAGCUACGACAUCAUCCUCCAAACCACUGUGACCAAGACCGACCACUACAGCUGUGUGGUCACACAGGACCAGAUCAAACACCACACUGAGGCAGAGACCUACGUUCACAUCAACGGAGCAGCUUCAGAGCCGAUUAUUGAAAGACUCGAGGAAACUGAAGACUGGGCGUUGCUGCAGUGUUUAGUCAGAGGAGCUUCUCCUCGACCUAAAGUGGAGUGGAGGGACAGUUCUGGAAACAUCCUUCAUGCUAAAGAAGCACAGGUCACAGAAAGAGGAGGCAGCUACGACAUCAUCCUCCAAACCACUGUGACCAAGACCGACCACUACAGCUGUGUGGUCACACAGGACCAGAUCAAACACCACACUGAGGCAGAGACCUACGUUCACAUCAACGUUUCAGGUUUCUCUGCUGGAUAUGUCGUUACUGCUGUCGUUGCUGCUGUCGUUGUGGCAGUUGUUAUCACUCUUAUCGUUGUUGCUGCUCUGCUUUACAUCAAACAUCGCUUAACACAAAAUUCCAACAAAGACGAGGAGAAAGGUGAACCCAUAAAAGACCGCACUGAAUCCGACCUUCUAGCUGAAUGAAGUCAGGUAGACUCACGUCGUGUUCCUUCAAACCUCUGACUCUGGAACUCCAAAGUUAUUGAAGCUAAUCUGCCUUAAUCCCAACAUGAAGAUGAUUUCAUCUGUUUGACCAUCAUGAUGUCAUACUUGAAAACAGCUGAGUGAGGGAUCAAAUCCAACCAGGUGUUUGUUCUCACAUUUUAAUGAACGCCGUGGAGAUCGGGCUUUUUCCAAUCAGAGCCCGUCGACUUUGGAACGACCUGAGGAGCAUGUUCAUGACACAUCCUUACACCUCUAACGUUUACUCUGCUUUAAAUACACUGCAGCUUUAAUGCAUGAUCAUUUCAUUAAUAUCAUCUGUGAAUGGAAUCCAGGGUUUAAAACAUAAAGGUCUCCCUGUGAACAUCCCAGAGAGCCUCUGACUGAGGAUUUAAAGAAACACUUUGAAAAACAGGAUUGAUGUGAGAAAGUGUGAAAUAGAAGUCCCUGUUUGUGUUUGCUCUCCUGUUGAUCCAGUGUGUGAAUGAAGAAAUGAGAGCAAAGGCGCUUUACGACUGACGGAGAAUCAAAGCCUCAGUACUUCACUGAACUACAGCUGCUGUUUGACUGUAAAUACAUGAGAUUCUGUUGCUGCUACACUGAGAUAUAAUGAGACUUUAAGAUGUGGGACGAGGAUGUAUCUCUUGUUUAGACUUUAUAAAGCCGAGUGUGUCAGGUAGAGACAAACACAGAGCUGAAGUAUGCUCCUAAACGUUUCUUUAUGCUGCUGAUGAAUGACGCUCUGAUGGUUACAACGUGAUAUCAGGCUGUGCUUCAUCAUUCACAUCCACCUGCUGGAAUAAAACAUGAUCAAUGUUA